GUUGAACUGCUACUGCUGACUACAGCAACAUUUUGAUCGACUGAACUGAAAGCUUCACUUGAUCAAUCUGGACUGUUGCAGUUGUAGAUAUCAGCAGUUUAAGUUAAAGGACAUCAGCUGAGUACGACAUCAAGACGAUUUUCCUCCAAGAUGUUCUGUUCUGUCAGCAUGAAGGUGAAUAUCAGCAGUAUCCCAUCAAACCAAACAGCCAAGAUGACUUCUUUGAGUUAUUUUACCAUUUCCCUCCAUGGAAUAUUCUCUACCAUCGGCAUCAUAGAAAACCUCCUCAUCCUCGGAGUAGUGGGCUUACAUGUCCGCCGCUCUGUCAUCAGCAUCUGGAUCCUGAACCUCGCAGCCUCUGACAUGCUGGCCACCUGUAGCCUUCCCUUUUUUACCCUCUACAUGGCCCGCGGUAACACCUGGACUCUGGGAAACACCUUCUGUCGCAUCCAUUCCUCCAUCUUCUUUCUCAACAUGUUUGUCAGUGGCUUCCUGCUGGCGGCCAUUUCUCUCGACCGCUGCCUGGUGGUGCUGAAACCUGUCUGGGCCCAGAACUACAGGAACACUCAGCUGGUAGGGAGGAUUUGUGGGGUGAUUUGGGCGUUGGCUGUGGUCUUCACUAUCCCCUUCUACAUAUUCCGUGACACCAUUAUCCUACCUGACGGCAAGAUCCUGUGUUACUAUAAUUAUGCUCAGUUUCUCCCCAGUGAGCCCUAUGACUUGGGAUCUUUGUGUAAGCACCGCAAGGAGGCCUUGGCCUUCAUGAAGCUCUUUCUAGCCUUCCUGAUCCCUUUACUUGUCAUCAUGCUCAGCUAUGCUGCUGUGAAUGCUCGCUUGGCGCGGAGAGGCUGUCGACGCCCUUUCCGCUUUGUUCGACUCGUAAUGGCCGUGGUGGUGACCUUUAUACUCUGCUGGGCUCCAUACCACUUAUUCAUCAUCAUAGAGGUGAUGGCUUCCACUGGGAGUUCUGCACAGAAACUGGCAGGCAGGGCCCUCCCGAUUGCGGCAACCAUUGGCUUCCUUAACAGCGUCCUUAACCCCAUUCUGUAUGUGUUCAGCUGCCCUGAUCUUUGCCAUAAGAUAAGACAUUCUCUGGGUGCGGUGAUGGAGAGUGUUCUGGCUGAGGACCUGGCAGAGCUCCGACGCCGAAGCACCGCUCGCAGCUCUAUCAGUACCAGUGAGAUGGUGUUGAAACCGAAGAAUUCUAUUACAAACACGACUCUGAACACAGAAGUGCAAGAGCAUGAUUAAAUUCUUGUUAACCUUGCUCAGAACUGAGCAAAAAGGUAUCGUAAAUUCUCUAAUAUGGCCAGGCUGCACAGAGAUCCAGCCUUUAUUUGAAAAGGGCCCCCUGUUAUUAUGACC